GUAUAAAUAUCCCUCAUGUUUCAUUGUUAUGUUGUCUAGCUUUGUUUCACUGUAAUCUGCUGUUUUUGUUUUUGUUUUUGUUUCAAAUCAAGCCACGUCUGUGUUUUGUGUCUUGUUCAUGUUUCUGUUCAUGUUUCUGUUCAUGUUUCUGUUCAUGUUUCUGUUCAUGUUUCUGUUCAUGUUUCUGUUCAUGUUUCUGUUCAUGUUUCUGUUCAUGUUUCUGUUCAUGUUUCUGUUCAAUAAACUGCACUUAGGUUUGCUGCGCUCGCCUCCAGUGGAAAUCAUUACACUUCUGAAUGAAGACAAUGAAAAUUGUGCGAUUGGGAGUCAUUAUUUUCCUUUAUAAGGCUUUUGUAUCUGGAUUUGUGGAGGAGUCUUCAUGUACACCUGGCUUUGAGUCGGAGUUGCUGGUUUUUAAAGUGCACAGAGAUCACCUUCACCAAGGAAAAAGACUAGAAAGAGUAAUUUUUAAUACAUGCGAUGGAAGAACAAGACCGCUCUUUCAGUCCUCUGACGAGUGGUUUGAUGUGGACACGGAUGGGACUGUAACGCUGAAGAGACAAGUCACUCUUCAUGAAGGUCACAAGGUGUUUUCUGUGCACGCUUGGGACUCCAGUGGCAAGAAGCACACGGUGUCUGUCAGAGUUGAGCGUGUCCACCAUCAUGAGGACCAUCACAUGGACAUGGUCAUGAACAUCUCCUCUCCACAGAUGGAGUCUCACUCUGAUGAUCUGGUUCUGAUGUUUCCAAAGUCUUCGAUGGGUCUAAAGAGAGCAAAGAGAGAAGCAAAGGGAGGUUGGGUUAUUCCUCCGUUCAAUGUUCUUGAGAAUAGCAGAGGUCCUUUCCCAAUAAAGCUGGUCCAGAUAAAGUCGGACUAUUCUCUUGAAGCUCAGAUGCAAUACAGUCUCACAGGUGAAGGAGCAGAUCUGGAACCUAAUGGGACUUUCACUAUAGAAAGAUUAUCAGGGAAUCUGUUUGUGACUCGGGCACUCGACAGAGAAACAAAAGCUUCAUACAGACUUGUAGUUCAUGCUACUGGAGUUGAUGUGAAUAUAGGAGACAAGCCGCUGGAAAUUAUUGUAAAUGUGCUGGACCAAAAUGAUAAUUAUCCUAAUUUUACUCAAAAUCCAUUCAAUGGAAAUGUUCCUGGAGCUGCUGAAAUAGGUCAUGAGUUUAUGACAGUCACAGCCACUGAUGCAGAUGAUCCAAAUACUGAGAAUGGUGUGAUCAGUUACUCAAUUGUCAAGCAAGAUCCAGAAUUGCCAAAUCCAAACAUGUUUGAAAUCAACUCUGUUACUGGAGGAAUUCGUGUGAAUUCUUCAGGCUUGGACAAAGAGAAAUGCUCCAAAUACACUUUGACAGUUGUGGCUACUGACAUGGAAGGAAAGGGUUAUUCAACCACUGGCACAGCUGUUAUUACUGUGACUGACAGCAAUGAUAACGCACCUCAGUUUGAGCAAACCUCGCACACUGUAUCUGUCCCAGAGAAUAAAGUAGGGGCUGUAGUGGCCAAACUUGCAGUUACUGAUGAAGAUGAAGAGGGAUCUCCUGCCUGGUCAACCAAAUAUCAGAUUAUUAGCGGUGACAAGGGUGGGUUUUUCAAUGUCAGUACUGGACCCAGCCGGCUAGAGGGCAUCAUCACCACUGUAAAGCCUCUGGACUUUGAGAAGAACAAGCAAUACAAUCUGUCUGUGAUUGUUGAGAACGAUGAUCCGUUCGUCGGUGGUUUGGCCACUUCCACUGCCACAGUCAUGGUGAAUGUAGAAGAUGUGAAUGAGCCUCCAGAGUUUAAUCCAAAGGAGAAGAUUAUUUACAAACCUGAAGAUUCACCGAUUGAUACUGAAUUGGUUUCUUAUACAGCCACUGAUCCAGAUACUGGAACACCACAGAAGAUAAUGUAUAAAAUUGGCAAUGAUCCUGAAGGCUGGCUGAGUGUAAAUCAAGACACUGGAUUGAUUAAAGUCAAGAAACUUAUGGAUAGAGAAUCUUCCAGUGUCAAAGAUGGCAAAUACAGAGCUAUCAUUUUGGCUGUGGAUGAUGAUGGUGAUGCUCCAGCGACAGGCACUGGAACCCUGAUAAUUGAGUUGGAGGAUUCAAGCAAUUCAUUCUGUCUGCAAUGAUUCAUCUAUCAACCUUUGCCCACUUCUGCUGUGAAGAAGAAACAAGGUUAAAUCCAAAAGAAGAAGUUUAAUUUAUAAUUGAAUUAGAGGAAUCAUCACCAAUCUAUCUAUCUAUCUAUCUAUCUAUCUAUCUAUCUAUCUAUCUAUCUAUCUAUCUAUCUCUUUGCUACUUGUCACAGUUAUGGACUCUUAUUUUGAUAUUUUGUUCGGUUUCCUUUAGUUCAUGUUUUCCUGCUCUGUAUAGUUUUGGUUUCUGAUUAUUUCCCUGUUAGUUUCUAUGGUUACUAAUAAUUAUCAGCUGUGUCUUAAUUAGUUCUUUGUUAUCUUGUACAUAUAUACUCCCUUUUCAGUUCAGUCUUCUGUUGGUUAUUGUCCUUUGUAAUGUGUAUUUCUCCUGCAUUCAUGAUUAAAGUAAAUUUUGUUACUA